AUGAAACUGCUCCUGCUCUUCCUGCUCUGUGUUCCCUUUGUUAAAUCCCAGAGCGCUGCUGACUAUGAUGAGGAGGACACCAGCCCUCAGGUCGGGAUUCGAAGCCACCGACCCCUGGACAAAAGGCGGGAAGUGUUCCCCACCCUCCGACCCGUGGCACCUCCCAUCAGCGGAGGGGGCUACCAUCCCCGGCCUUCAAAGCGGGUGAAACCAGAUGACAAGAAAGAGCGUAUCAUCUACCCCGACGCUGGUGGCUGCAAGCAUCCUCUAGAGGAGCUGGGAGUGCUGUGUCCAACUGGAUGUGAGCUGCAAACGACACUGGUAAAACAGGAAAAAAAUGUGAAAUCUGUUGUUCGUGAUCUAAAGGACAAAGUGAGCAGACUCUCUGAAACCUCUACGACUUUCUAUGAAUACGUGACUGUUAUAGACAAUAAGUUGACAAAGAGGCAAAAACAAAGAAAAGACAAUGAUAAUGUACUUUCUCAGUACAGAACAGAAGUGGAAUUGCAUUAUAAUUAUAUAAAGGAUAAUGUGGACAAUAACAUCCCAUCUAACCUCAGGGUCCUCCGGGCAGUUGUGGAUUCUUUACACAAAAAGAUACAGAAACUGGAAAAUGCCAUUGCAACCCAGGUGGACUACUGCCGUUCCCCAUGUACUGUUUCCUGUAACAUUCCAGUGGUUUCAGGCAAAGAAUGUGAGGAUAUUUACAGGAAGGGAGGCGAGGUAUCCGAAAUGUACCUCAUCCAGCCAGAUCCUUCCGUCAAUCCAUACAGAGUAUACUGUGACAUGAAAACGGAUAAUGGAGGCUGGACUUUGAUUCAGAACCGCCAGGACGGCAGUGUUAAUUUCGGAAGAGUAUGGGAUCAAUAUAAGAAAGGAUUUGGAAAUAUUGCAAAGAGCGGAGGGAAGAACUACUGUGAUACACCAGGUGAAUAUUGGCUUGGAAAUGACAAGAUCAGCCAGCUUACCAAAAUAGGGCCCACUGAAGUUUUAAUUGAAAUGGAGGACUGGAAUGGCGAUAAAGUAUCAGCUCAUUAUGGAGGUUUCACCAUUCAGAAUGAAGGAAAUAAGUAUCAGCUUUCAGUUAGUAAAUACAAUGGCAAUGCGGGCAAUGCGCUAAUGGAAGGAGCUUCACAGUUGCACGGAGAAAACAGGACCAUGACAAUUCACAACGGCAUGUUCUUCAGUACUUACGACAGAGACAAUGAUGGAUGGUUAACUGCAGAUCCAAGAAAACAGUGCUCCAAAGAAGAUGGUGGUGGAUGGUGGUACAACCGCUGCCACUCAGCCAACCCCAAUGGCAGAUACUACUGGGGAGGGACCUACAGCUGGGAUAUGUCAAAACAUGGUACAGAUGAUGGGGUUGUGUGGAUGAACUGGAAAGGGUCAUGGUAUUCAAUGAAGAAGAUGAGCAUGAAAAUCAGGCCAUACUUUCCACAUUAA